AUGCAGUAUAUUGCAGAAGAUUCUAUUAAACUCAGGACACUUGGAUUAAUAGAAUUAACAGAAUCACAUACUGGUAUUUAUUUAAAACAGACAAUUUUAAAUAUUCUUAAAAAAUUUAAAAUUGAUCCCAACCAGUUGUAUACAAUUACAUCUGAUAAUGUCGCAAACAUGCUAAAUGUGAUCAGUUUAGCUGAAAAAGAUGUAUCAAAAACCCUUCAAACAGAACUACUCGAUGAAUCAGACACUGUGAAUGAUGAUGUGAUUCUGAAUGAUACAAAGAAACCCACUCAAAUAUAA